AUGAUGGAGAAUCAAAAUCUUUCAGCAUUCUUCGUUGAAACUUGGUAUAUUCCAGUGAAUGUUAUUUCGAUGAUAACACUUCUCAUAACAAUAUUAUUGUCACUAAUUUAUUUAUGUAUUAUAAUCAAAGAUAAAACAUGUCAUUCAGUUUCAAUGUUAUUAGUCGCAAAUUUAUGUUUGUCUACAUUUCUAUUUGCAAUGGAUCUUUUUGGAAUGGCUUUAUUUAUGUUACACAAUGAUUUAGAACAAAUCUCUUAUGCAGAUUCAUUUUGUCCAGCCCGUAUUUAUAUUGGUUACGUAACAUGUAGUGUCAUUAAUUUUAGUUUACUUUUACAGGCAUUUCAUCGUUACUUAUGUACUCUGUAUCCAUUUCGUUUGUUUUAUCGAUCAUGGAAAUUUCAGUUGAUUCUUCUCAUUUUGAUAUGGAUCAUAAGUAUACUCAGUCCAUUGGAAUAUUACCUUCGUAAUGAAAUUAUUUAUGUUGUUGAUAAUCAAUUAUCUUAUAUGGAGUUAAGUUUAUCACGCAUCCAUCAUAUUAUAUUAAAAGAUAUCAUUCAAAAUGGUUUUGCUCCUUCCAUUUUGAGUCUUUCAACUGUAUUUCAGCGUUCACAAGAAGAAAUAAUUCAAUAUCUGAAAGAUCUUCAAGAAUAUCAUGGUGUUGUUUUACACCCUAAAACAUUUGAAGUGUGGAUUGCGCAUCCAUUUUCGUUAUCACCAACAAAUUUCUGGGUUGAAUCCUCCAGAGGACAAUGGUGGGGAAAUUGUGCUUGGUGUAGUUUAGGAAUCGCUGCACUUCUCAAAGAAGACACAACCAUCACUACAACACUCGGUGGUGAAUUCAAACAGAUUAGAAUUCAUAUUAAAGAUGGACACUUAAUUACUAAUGAAUGCGUAUUGAUUCAUUUUCCUAUUCCAAUGAGACAUGCUUGGGAUAAUGUUGUUUAUACCUGUAGUGUUAUGCAAAUGUUUACAUCGGAAAUAGAAGUCGAUAUUUGGUGUCAACGACAUCAAAUAGCAAAAGGUGAUAUUCAACCAAUUGAAAAUAUUUGGAAAUUCGCUCAAAAAUGGUAUGGAAAUCAUCUGAAUGAAAAUUGGACAAAAUGGACGAAUGAACAAGCUAAAUCUAUUUUUGAAGAAUUUCAUUUAACGCAUGACGUGUGGACAAUUCCGCAAACUAGUUCAAGAUUUUGA